AUGCUCGGAUUAGCAAUUCAACCACCUUCAAGAGUUCGACCAGGUGUCGCCGUCCCCAUGGCAGCUCGCCUGGCUAGCGAUGUCGAUAUAUUCAGUGAACUAGCACAUAUUUGGGCCGUUGUAACUCUCAUCCACAAGGAUUCAGGAGAAACGUUAUACGAUCAGCUUGGUGGAAGAGUCGCUGAUUCUGCUCACCCGUUGCCAGAUAACGGACGCGGCAGUGGCCCUACCGGAAAGGAUAGAGCUUAUUUCUAUUUCCCGGAUUUGGUCAUACAUGACACCGGUCGUUAUCGCAUCAGAGUUACCUUGAUGCAGAUGGAUUACUCAUGUGACUCCUCUCCAAACGGAAUCGUGAUAGCCAGAGAAUAUGUUGACAGCCAUUCCAUCGUGGUUGAAGAAGGUGCUUCGAGCCGUAGCAGCAGACCAAGCGCUCAUGAACGUGCAUUUUUGCGUAUCCUGAGGGAUGACGGACAGCCAACUCCGUCCUUCUGA